GAAGUUCGCGUCGUGAUUUUUCAUGGCCCGACGCGGUCUGGGUCCUCCUCCGCCUGCUGCUCUCCCCUGCGGGCGCCCCGCCCCGCGGUGCCCGUGGCCGCGCUGACGGUCGACCCGCAGCUGACCUCGAGGGUGAUCCUCGCGGACGCCGCCGGCCAGGUCUGGGUGUUCCGCUUCCGGAACCGGACGACCUGCAGGGUCGAGCGCCGCCUCCCGGCGGCCACCUCGCGCGGCCUGCGCGACCUCGCGCCCGUCGAGGGCUUCGUCCUGGGGCUCGAGGGAGCCGUCGCGGACGGCGAGGCGGCGGUGAUCGCGCUGAACAUGACGCCCCCCGCCGACGCGGGCGGCGCGGCGGGCGCCGUCGUGUGGCGGAGGCGGUGGCCCGCGCAGCGGGCCCUGGCCGUGCACGCGGGCGGCGUGGAGCACGGCAACCUCGUCGCGGUGCUGUCGGGGGACGGGCGCCGUGUGGAGGUGCUGGAGCUGGUGAUGAGCAUGCGGUGGGGCCCAGAGCCGUUGGACUACUGGGAGUUCCUGCCGCUCAUCCUGAUCGUGGUGGUGGCCGUCGUCGUCCUGGUGGGCCUCCUGCACUGCUACCUGCAGCAGCGCCGGGAGGAGGCCGAGAAGGCGGCGAGACAGCUCGAGGAGGCGGCGCGCAGGGCGGAGCAGGA